AUUGUGUGUAAAAAUUCAGCUCGGACAGGAAGCCUUAUUAUGGAAAAAUUGGAAAUCCCUAAAAACGACAGAAAUCUUGAAUAAAUUGAAUAUUAUAGUGUAUCGUUCGAGAAUAAUUUGAUUAACGUAGGUUUAUUAUAUUAUAUCCCAUUAUUGUCAGUUAACUUUUAAGUUCCUUUAUCAAGUAAACAACAUGAUAUUAAAAUAUAUCUAAAUUUCGACAAGGUUUUUAAUUUCGUAUAAUGAAAUAAUUCGUUAUUUUUAUGUUGAUGGUAGUGUCAGGUGGUGGGAUCAAAAAUUGGAAGUAUAAAGAGAUUAUUUAGCUAAAAGUUUGGCUUUUAAUGUUCUCGUUUAAAAGUAAUCCGCAGGAAAAUUUUAGAUCAAAAUGAGUGGAUGUUAAUUAAAAUGAGUUAAGAAAAGAGAUUACUAAUAACUUAAAAGUAAUUAAAAACAUUUUAAGUAUAUUAAUGAUAUAAUACUAUUUUGUUUAAACCUUACUCAUUAAGUCAUGCAGAUGGCGCCUAAUAAUAUUUUACUUUGCAGGUAAUGCGUUACAGAGGUUUCCAACCGAGCAUAAUUUCCGAGUGGCUGUUGGAAUGUAAACAAGUCAGUUGACUUAUUUGAUUAUAUAGUUUAGGUUAUAGUAUUGUUUAUUUCCAACUUGUUGUGAUCAGAGUUUUUUCCUAUUUUUUUUGCAUCUCUCUUUGCCUAGAAUCAUUUUCUAACCAAAACGUUUUCCCCGUCAAUCACACAUUUUAAUCUUAUUAUGUUUGGGGAGAAAAUUAUAAUUCCUACUUUUCAAAAAUAGAAAUAUAAAAAUUUUUUUAACGAAAAAAGUGUUAGAAUAGUUAAUUAACGUGUAGCUCAGGCGUUUUCCUCUUUGAAGUCAAAAAAGCGGGUGCAAAAGAUGAAGACACACCCAGCUAUUUCAAGCGUCAAUUAUCCUUUGUCUAAACUGCUGGUGCAGUUUCUCGCCUUUCAUAUAAUGCACUUUUAUGUAGCGCAUUAGUGCAUUUUGGGUGUGGUGAUAUUGAGCAGUGAUUCGUUUAACGUUGAAAAAAGUUGGAAAACAAUAUAUGUAUCCUUCACCAUCCAUAAUGAGCUCUGUUAUAAUCUGUAAUGAAUAUAAUAUUCAAAUUCCUCCAUAUUUCUUUAAGAAAUUUGAGGACUUUUUGGGAAGGGGAUUAAAAGAUUCAUCCAAAAUUGAAUUGGGAGCUUAUGCGCAAACCAUUCGCAAUAAUGAUGAAAUUGUCAACACGUUAUAUGAACUAUUCGAAAAGUACCCUGAUCAUGACCUUAUUUCACCGGUCUGUCAUCAACUAUUUGAGUUUUAUAGAGCGUCUAAUGAUGAAUUAAAAAAAUUUACAUUGGAGCUUGUCCCAUCAUUAAUAGGAGCCUAUCUGACAUCAGUCUACAACAGAGAGACAAAAAGAGUAUGCUCCAUAGCCACAUGUUUGCUAGGAAUCUAUAAUAUGGAAGUCGUAGAAAAGGAGAGUGGACAAGCUAAAGUUCGAACAUACACAGUACCAACAGUAGCCACUGCGUCCUGUUAUCACGAACCACCAAGUUUGACAUCAUUAGUACUAAGCGACAGUGCACUAAUGAAUUACCAUCACGACAAGAACAUCACAUUCCAGCAGGGACCCUUCGAACAAAUCGAAGAGUUUUCGGCUCAAAAUAGAUUCAUGAUCCUCACACAGGUUCUACGAGCUUAUAAUAGCUUUAUAGCAGAACUAUCGUUGAAGUCCAGAACAAAUCUUUGCGAGUGGUCUUGCAGGCUUUUAAGAAGCGGUUACAAAGGAACUCUAUUCAACAACGCUGAAGCUGAAAUAGAGGAUAACUCCCCGAGAAUACCUUUUACGUCAGAAUUUCUUCUAGAACUCCUAGACGGAGUAUAUUUUGCAAUGUUCAAUGGAAGUGCGAAAGAGGGAAAAUCAGUAGUUAGCGAUGUGUACGUUAGAGCCGAAUACGAACUUUUAAAUGAAGUGUUACUGGUUACGAACGCUAUUGUAGACUCUCUUGCAGUAAAUCCAUCUGGCCAACCAGAAGACGGACCCAUAGGUAUAUCCAUAGCCUUAUCUUCUGCUGCAAGAGACGGUCGCCUGAGGAAAUCUGCUCUGACGAAUGCUUCUUUUAGAACCAAGCGUUUACAAGCAGAAGAAUCGGAUUCGCUUGAUACGACUGGGGAUGAGGACGCACCUCCUGAUUAUGAGCAGGCUACCAAAGCAGACGUAAAGGGCAAAGGAUCGAAAAAUGCUAUUAAAAACAUAGUCCGUAAAAAGCUCUCGGUAGAAGGAAAGAAAAGGGAAGAUAGCUCUUCUGUACUCGGAGAUAGCGUCGAUACAGCUAAAACAUCAUACGCAUCAUUGAGUGAUAUUGUUCCAGAAGAAGAAGAAAAUCAGUGGGAAAACCCAACAGACAAUAGUUAAUUUUUCAUGUAUUUUAUUUAGAUUUCGUUUCGAGUCAAAUAAACCUCAUGCUUUAUCUUACUAGUUGUUUAUAAAAUCUUAUCUUUAUUGUAGC